AUGAAUACUGGCAGAGUAUUUUUAGGAAAGAAAGAGUAUGAUAAUGCAUUAGAUUAUUUUGCAAAAGCCCUUGAAAUGUAUAAACGUGUGCUGCCCGAACAACAUCAUUCAAUUGCUCGAUGCUUAUGUAAUAUUGGUUGCGUAUACGAAGAUCAACUUAAUUUCAAUCGUGCACUUGAGUUCUACCGCCAGACAUACGAAAUGAAUGCAAAAGUGUUAUCUAGUGAACAUAUUUAUCUCACAAAAGAUCUCAACCGGAUUGUUGGUAUUUAUAAAAAAAAAAAUGGUCAAUAUGAGGAAGCUAUGGAUGUUUGCAUCAAGAAGUUAGCUGAACAGCGAGUGAAUCUACCACAAAAUCAUCCUCCAAUCGGACAUACACGAGAAACCAUUGGUAAUAUAUACAGUGAAACGGAUAGUGCUCAAGCACUUGUAUUCUAUCAUGAAGCACUAACGAUAUUUGAGCGUUGCACGCCAUCUGAACCAAAAGCUACAGCCGACUGUUUAGAACAUAAUAGUACUGUAUACUCCUAUCUAGGUACAUUUGAUGAGGCAUUAAAAUAUCGAAAUAAAGCAUUGGAUAUAUUAGGUUGGUAA